AUGUCUUCCACAGAGCAUUCCUCCGUUCCCACGUGGACAGAAGGAGAUUUCGAGCACCCGAACCAGGCAUUUCGCCGGUCAAUGAUUGUUGCACUGGUGGUUGCCUACACCUUGUCAACUCUCUCCGUUGCCCUAAGGGUACUGGCGAGGAAGAUGACCGGAAGCAGACUCUUCCUGGAUGACUACUUGAUUAUGAUAGCUCUGUUCUUCAAAUAUGCAUGCUCCAGUGGCGUCGUCGUUCUCCUAUACAAUGGAAUGGGGUCCCACAUCACAAUGAUCCCAGCCAAGAAUCUCCUGGUUUACUUCAAGCUCGGAUUUGCCAACGCCUUCAUCUACACUGGCUGCAUUGCCUUUAUUAAAUUCUCAAUUCUGGCGCUAUACAAACGCCUCUUCGCAGUCCGAAAAAUGGCAGUUGCAGUGAAUGUGAUGGCUGGAUUCGUCACUCUCUGGGUUGUGGGUGUCUACGUCGCCGGUGCUCUUCUAUGUAUCCCCGUUAGCAAGUUCUGGGACCAAUCAAUUCCUGGAGCCUGCCUCGAUCCAGCCAAAUUCUACUAUGGCAUGCAGAUCCCCAACAUCCUCACCGACGUCAUCCUCCUAAUCAUGCCCAUGGGAGUCGUGUGGAAAUUACCGAUUCCCAAGGCCCAGAAAAUGCUUCUUUCCGGAGUCUUCCUUCUCGGUGGCCUAACUUUGGUCUUCAGUAUCUUCCGCCUCUAUGCCAUGAUUAGACUGGUUAAGUUGGGUCCUGAUAUCACUUACAACCAAGUUCCCGUCAUCGUGUGGACCUGCAUGGAAGCAGCGGUUGGAAUCACAGCUGCUUGUCUCCCUAACCUCCGCCCUCUGUUCAAGUUGGGUAAUCGCAACUUCUGGUCUCAAAUUCGUUCCUCCAACAGCAAUGUGUCAGAGAUGUCCGAUAGGACUCUUGUGAGCUCGAACAAUACUGGAACCAUGACCACCACCAUCACUUCGUGUCACCAGAAGAAUGACUCGUUUCUGACCCAGAAGCGUUUUGACGAGUCUCCUUAUCAAACCUAUAAAGAUGAACAAGCAAUUGAAAGAGUCUAA